AUGACAGAGGAAAGCAAAGGGGAAGGCAAGGGGGAAAGCGGGAAGGACUUGGAGAAGCAGCUUCGCUUGCGCGUCUGCGUCCUCAAUGAGCUGCUCAAGACCGAGCGGGACUACGUGGGCACGCUGGAGUUCCUGGUGUCGGCUUUCCUUCACCGAAUGAUCCAAUGUGCUACAGCCAAAGUGGAUAAAAAUGUCACAGAAGAGACAGUUAAGAUGUUGUUUUCAAAUAUUGAAGAUAUUCUUGCAGUUCACAAAAACUUCCUGUCCCUGGUGGAGGAGUGUUUACAGCCAGAACCUAAUGCGCAGCAUGAAAUUGGAACCUGCUUUCUUCAUUAUAAAGAGAAAUUCCGUAUCUAUGAUGAAUACUGCAGUAACCACGAGAAGGCACAGAAAGUUCUGCUUGACCUGAACAAAAUAAGAACAGUGCGGACGUUUCUUUUGAAUUGCAUGCUCCUUGGAGGACGCAAGAACACAGAUGUACCAUUGGAGGGAUAUCUAGUAACGCCAAUACAGAGAAUAUGCAAGUAUCCCCUUCUUUUGAAGGAGUUACUGAAGCGGACUCCAAGGAAGCACAGUGACUAUGCGGCACUAAUGGAAGCCCUCCAGGCCAUGAAAGCUGUCUGUUCCAACAUAAAUGAGGCCAAGAGACAAAUGGAAAAAUUAGAGUUUUUGGAAGAAUGGCAGUCUCAUGUUGAAGGAUGGGAGGGGUCCAACAUCACAGACACGUGCACAGAGAUGCUGCGAAGUGGACUACUACUGAAAAUUUCAGCAGGAAAUAUCCAAGAGAGGAUAUUUUUUCUUUUUGAUAACCUUUUGGUCUACUGCAAAAAAAAGCACCGGCGGUUGAAGAACAGCAAAGCGUCUACAGAUGGCCAUCGUUACCUUUUUCGUGGCAGAAUAAACACAGAAGUGAUGGAAGUAGAGAAUGUAGAUGAUGGAACAGCUGACUAUCACAGCAGUGGCCACACUGUUAUUAAUGGCUGGAAGAUCCACAACACAGCAAAGAACAAAUGGUUUGUAUGCAUGGCAAAAACCCCUGAAGAGAAGCAAGAAUGGCUGGAAGCUAUUUUGAAAGAGCGAGAGAGAAGAAAAGGUUUAAAACUGGGCAUGGAACAGGACACUUGGGUGAUGAUCUCUGAGCAAGGAGAAAGACUGUACAAAAUGAUGUGCAAACAAGGGAAUCUCAUCAAAGACAGGAAGAGGAAAUUAACCACUUUCCCCAAAUGCUUUCUUGGAAGUGAAUUUGUGUCCUGGUUGUUGGAAAUUGGAGAGAUACACAAAUCUGAAGAGGGUGUUCAUCUUGGCCAAGCUUUAUUAGAGAAUGGCAUUAUCCAUCAUGUUACAGAUAAGCACCAAUUCAAACCUGAACACAUGCUGUACCGAUUCCGAUAUGAUGAUGGAACAUACUACCCAAGAAGUGAGAUGCAGGAUGUGAUCUCUAAGGGUGUACGGCUGUACUGUCGCCUUCACAGUCUGUUUACCCCAGUAAUUAGGGAUAAAGAUUAUCACUUGAGAACCUACAAAUCUGUGGUCAUGGCUAACAAACUCAUAGACUGGUUGAUUGCACAGGGGGAUUGCCGGACGAGGGAAGAAGCUAUGAUAUUCGGUGUAGCUCUUUGUGAUAAUGGGUUUAUGCACCAUGUGUUAGAGAAAAGCGAAUUUAAAGAUGAACCACUGCUGUUCCGUUUUUAUGCGGAUGAAGAAAUGGAAGGGUCAAAUAUGAAGCACAGGCUCAUGAAACAUGAUCUGAAAGUAGUGGAAAAUGUCAUAGCCAAGUCAUUAUUGAUUAAAUCUAAUGAAGGCACCUAUGGUUUUGGUUUAGAAGAUAAAAAUAAGGUGCCGAUUAUUAAAGUGGUGGAGAAAGGAUCAAAUGCUGAGAUGGCAGGCUUGGAAGUUGGGAAAAAAAUCUUUGCCAUUAACGGUGACCUGGUUUUUCUGCGACCCUUCAGUGAAGUGGAUUCCUUCCUGAAAGCAUGUUUAAACAGCAGAAAGCCCCUGCGGGUUCUUGUGAGCACUAAACCACGGGAGACAGUGAAGAUUCCUGACUCUGCAGAUGGACUCGGAUUCCAAAUCCGGGGCUUUGGCCCAUCAGUUGUCCAUGCUGUUGGGAGAGGAACAGUGGCAGCUGCGGCUUGUCUCCACCCUGGCCAAUGCAUAAUCAAAGUGAAUGGAAUUAAUGUCAGCAAAGAGACUCAUGCAAGUGUUAUUGCUCAUGUCACGGCGUGCAGGAAGUACAGGCGGCCAAUGCAGCAAGAUUCUAUACAAUGGGUUUACAACAGCAUUGAAAGUGCACAGGAAGAUCUUCAGAAAACAAACACCAAGCCCUCUGGAGAUGAUGGAGGAGAUGCCUUUGACUGCAAAGUGGAAGAGGUAAUUGACAAAUUUAACACUAUGGCAAUAAUUGAUGGGAAGAAAGAUCAUGUGAGUCUGACUGUUGACAAUGUUCAUCUGGAGUAUGGAGUGGUUUAUGAGUAUGACAGCACAGCUGGAAUAAAGUGCCACGUGUUAGAAAAAAUGAUUGAACCAAAGGGAUUUUUCAGCUUGACUGCAAAGAUUCUUGAAGCACUGGCAAAAAGCGAUGAACAUUUUGUGCAGAAUUGCAACAGCCUCAAUUCCUUAAACGAAGUGAUCCCCACUGAGCUUCAAAGUAAAUUCGGUGUCAUUUGCAGUGAGAAAAUUGAGCAUAUCUACCGAAGAAUCUCUAGUUAUAAAAAGUUUUCAAGAGUAUUAAAAAACAGAGCUUGGCCUACCUUCAAACAAGCUAAGUCAAAGAUUUCACCACUUCACAGCAGUGAUUUCUGUCCAACCAAUUGCCAUAUCAAUGUGAUGGAAGUGUCCUACCCUAAAACCUCAACUUCCCUUGGUAGUGCCUUUGGUGUACAGUUAGACAGCAGAAAACAUUCUUCCCAUGAAAAGGAAAAUAAAAACACUGAUCAAGGUAAAUUGAAUCCCAUGAUUUAUGUCCAACAUACCAUUACUACUAUGGCUGCCCCUUCAGGACAGUCUCUUGGCCAGCAAGAGGGCCAUGGUCUGAGGUACCUCUUAAAAGAAGAAGAUUUAGAAACACAAGAUGUCUAUCAAAAAUUGCUGUUCAAAUUACAAGCUGCACUGAAAGAGCUGGAAACCUGUGUCUGUCAAAUAGACGACCUUCUUUCUUCAAUAACAUAUUCUCCCAAAUCAGAACGUAAAACACCUGAGCCUUUAAUACCAGCAGACAGUGAUAAUGAAAAGGGGGAAAGGAAUGGGAAGAAAGUCUGUUUCAGUGUGACAGGUGAUGAACAAGAAGAUUCUGGUCAUGAUACCAUUAGCAACAGGGAUUCUUACAGCGAUUGCAACAGCAAUAGGAACUCCAUUGCCUCAUUCACCAGCAUUUGUAGCAGUCAGUGCAGUUCUUAUUUUCACAGUGAUGAAAUGGAUUCAGGCGAUGAGCUUCCCAUAAGUGUUCGAAUCUCCCAUGAUAAACAGGACAAGCUCCAUAGCUGUUUGGAGCAUCUUUUUGGUCAAGUCGAUUCAAUUGUCAAUCUUCUGAAAGGACCAGCUGUGAUGAGGGCCUUUGAGCAGACAAAAUGCUUUACACCAGGUCGAGGCCUCCAAGAGUUUCAGCAGGAAAUGGAACCGAAGCUUAACUGUCCGAAGAGGCUACGACUCCACAUCAAGCAAGACCCUUGGAACCUCCCCAGCAGCGUCCGGAGUCUUGCCCAGAAUAUCAGAAAAUUUGUUGAAGAGGUGAAGGCACGAAUACUCUUGGCACUUCUUGAGUAUACAGAUAGUGAGAUACAACUGAGGCGAGACAUGGUCUUCUGUCAGAGCCUAGUGGCCACAGUCUGCGCUUUUUCAGAGCAACUAAUGGUGGCCUUAAAUCAGAUGUUUGACAACAACAAAGAAUAUGAAAUGGAGACGCUGGAGGCCAGCAGAAGGUGGCUGGAACAGAUAGCCAGUGCAGGUCUUCUCCUUCAUUUCCAGUCCCUGCUCUCGCCUAACCUGGCUGACGAGCAAGCCAUGCUAGAAGAUACACUGGUUGCACUGUUUGACUUGGAAAAAUUGCUGGCAAAGAUGACAGUCGCUGCUUUUCUGUUCAUCUACUUCCUGAUAAUGGAUAGGCCAAAAGUGACUACAGCAAUACCGAAUGUACCAAUCACAUACCAAGCAGAAGGAAGCCGGCAAACCCUGAAGGUUUACUUCUACCUUGAUAGUUACCAUUUUGAACAGCUUCCUCAAAGGCUGAAGAAUGGAGGGGGAUUUAAAAUCCACCCAGUACUUUUUUCACAAGCAUUGGAGAGCAUGGAAGGAUAUUAUUACAGAGACAGUGUCUCAGUAGAAGAAUUUCAAGCUCAGAUUAAUGCAGCCUCACUAGAAAAAGUCAAGCAGUAUAACCAGAAACUACGGGCAUUCUACCUGGACAAGUCGAACUUGCCUCCAAAUUCAACAUCUAAAGCGGCUUAUAUAGAUAAGCUGAUGAGGCCUCUCAAUUGCUUGGAUGAACUUUACCGACUGAUAGGGUCCUUUAUCCGAUCCAAGCGCACCGCUGCCUGCGCGUACACUGCGUGCAGUGCUUCCGGAGUUGGAUUGCUUUCAGUGUCUUCUGAACUCUGUAGCCGGCUUGGAGCUUGUCACAUCAUUAUGUGCAACAGUGGAGUUCACCGCUGCACUCUGAGUGUUACCCUGGAGCAGGCGAUCAUUCUGGCUCGGAGCCAUGGGCUACCUCCUCGCUAUAUCAUGCAAGCUACAGAUGUCAUGCGCAAACAGGGUGCGAGAGUACAAAACACAGCCAAGAAUUUAGGAGUGAGGGAUCGAACGCCACAGUCUGUCCCAAGGUUAUACAAGCUAUGCCAGCCACCACCACCUGUUGGAGAAGAAUGA